AUCGCUACUGUAGGACGGAGAGAACGUCAGGACUCAAUUUCAUCAUAUUUCUCUUACAACUGUAGUGGAGAAUUGCCUACUAUGAACUGAAACUCUUCCUUUAAAACCAAAAAAAACAAGUAGAUCCUAGUGAAGUGACGCAUAAGCCAGUAGAUUCCAGUGUCGAGUUGUAAUCUUUUUGCACCUCAAUGUAGCUAGAGGAAAUGGCUGUGGAAAGCAUGACUGUCCAUCCAAACUCCCCAACUACCAACCACGAACACAACAGUCUCCUGACUGACGAAAGGCCAGAGGAUGGAGAGCUGGAGGAGGGCGAGCUGGAAGAUGAUGGGGGAGAAGUGGAGGAGGAGGACAUUGUUGGAGGUCCGUCUGCAGAUGCAGCAGGAGCAGUAGCCGCACUAGGUGGUGGUGGAGGAGGAGGAGGAGGAGGAGGAGGAGGAGAUGGGGGUGAUGAAACAGGCGGAGGAGGCGAGGCGGGAGGGGAAGGGGCCGGAGAGAGGCCCCGGCGAAGCAAGGAGCCCCACGCCAGCAGCAAUUCGGAGGACGAGAGAUCCCACCGUCGCAAGAGAAAGAGGAAGAAAGAGAGGGAGCGAGAGAGGGAGAAGAGGAGGGCCAAGAAGAAACGCAAAUCCAAACACAAACGUCAUGCGUCCUCUGAUGACGAACACUCGGACUUAAGUGACGACUCUGACUACAGUCCCAGUGAGAAGAGGAAGUACAGAGAGUACAGUCCACAGUACCCCCCGCCUUCUCACGCCGGCUACGGCGGCUCAAAGAAGGCCAACUACAUGAAGAUGGACAAACAGAGCUACGGAGGCUAUGAAGACUUCGAAGAGGAGAACUUCGAGGGGGAGGAGGAGGAAGACAUUGGGGACGAAGAAUAUGACGACUUCACCAAGGAGCUCAACCAGUACCGCAAGGCCAAGGAGGGAGGAGGCGGCCGUGGCGGCGGACGAGGGGGCAGAGGUCGCAUGAAGAACCAGAGAGGCCGUGGAGGAAUGAGGGGAGGGAGGAGGGGAAGAGGAGGAGGCAGCAGAGGAAGAGGAUGCCGAGGCGGGGGAGUAAAGAUGGGGGGAGAAAACGAGGAUGGGGACGGCUACGUAGAAGAGAUGGAGUUUGGAGAAGAUGAUUAUGACAACAUGGGCGAGGAUGACUACGAUGAGUACUCAAAAGAACUCAAUCAGUACAAGAAGUCCAAAGACAGAGGCAGAGGGCUUAGAGGUGGCCGCGGGCGAGGGAGGGGUAAAGGAGGACGGGGCAUGAUCAGAGGAGGAAGGGGUCGAAACCGCGGGAGAGGAAGAGGCGACAUGUGCAACGAGGACGACAACAACGGGGACAUGGACAACGGGGAAGGAUGUGGAGGAGGCGAUGGACCCGGACCAGGGAGGAGGAAUAUGAACGAGAAGCACCAGGACAAGAAAGGAAAGGCCAUCUGCAAGUACUACAUCGAGGGAAGAUGCACCUGGGGGGACCACUGCAACUUCAGCCACGACAUCGAGCUGCCCAAGAAGAAGGAGCUCUGCAAGUUCUACAUCACUGGAUUUUGUGCCCGAGCCGACCACUGCCCUUACAUGCAUGGUGAAUUCCCUUGUAAGCUGUUCCACACCACGGGGAACUGCGUCAACGGCGACGAAUGCAUGUUCUCCCAUGACGCCCUCAACGAUGACACGCAGGACCUGCUCAACAAGAUGCUGGCAGAGGAUGCAGAGGCCGGAGCUGAGGACGAGAAGGAGGUGGAGGAGCUGAAGAAGCAGGGGAUCAACCCUCUCCCCAAACCCCCUCCUGGAGUGGGCCUCCUCCCCACCCCUCCUCGACCACUCCCAUUAGACGCCAACAUAGGGCCUGGGGAUUUUGGCGGGCCUGCGGUGGGUGACUUUGGGGGUCCUCCUGGACCUAACCAGGGGCCCAUUGGCCCUUGCCCUGGUCCUGGGGGACCUAUGUCUGGGCCUAACCCCUGUGCUGGUCCCCCUGUCCACGGGCCGGACGGAAGUCCCUUCCAAGGGGGGCCACCAAAUUGCCCUCCCCCCCACAUGGGUCCCCCACCUCCUUGUGGUGGUGGUGGAGGAGGAGGUUCCGCAGGGAAAAAGAUCCCCUCGCUGUUUGAGAUUAAAGUUAAGCCGACAGGACAGCUGGCUCAUAAACUGGCCGUCAGAGGCCAGACUCCCAGCAGCAACCAGGGCCAGACGGCGCCACCCGGGCCCCAAGGGUCCCCAGUUGGACCCCCACCCUGCUUCCCUCCUCCCCCAGGAAUGAUGCCCCCCGACAUGCAGAACAUGGGCCCCAACCUCGGGAUGAACCAGGGGCCUCCCAACAUGGGCCCUGGUGGUCCGCCCAUGAUGGGAGGAUUCGGGUCUGGUGACGGCCCUCCGCAUGGAGGUGCCAUGCCUCCAGGUCCUCCUCCGGGUGGAGGAAACUUCUUUAAUAACUUCUUCAAUCAGCAGGACGGUAUGGAGGGAGUGAUGCAAGAAGGUGACAACUACCAGGGUUUUGCUGGUAUGGACGAGAGAGGGGCAAAUGUUGGAAAUCAGUCAGGUGGCCCAGACGGCUCUGCUAACGGAGCGCCAGCCAAUCAGGGAGGGAUCUCCGUGCCCGACUUCCUGCCUCCAGCGCAGCGCGUCCUGUUCAUGAGGAUCCAACAGAAGCAGCAGGAAGAAGAGGAGAGGGCUCGCAGGAUGGCCGAGGGAGGAGCAGAGAAGAAGAGCAGAGAAGCUGAAGGUGACUCGGGGAACUGGUACUCCAGUGAGGAUGAGGAUGGCGGUGGUAGCGUGACCUCCAUCUUGAAAACGCUCCGUCAGCAGACCCAGGCUCCCCAAAAAUCUGAAGGCCCCCCGAGCGACCCCCGCCUCCUGAAGGCUCCUCCCGCCAGCGUUCCGGCUCGGCCGGCGGACCGACUGGCCCGGGACCCACGUCUGGCGCGUGCCUCAGACUCUGCUGACUCCGCCCACUCCAUGCCCAGUCAGUCCUCCUCCGGACCGCCUGCAGACCCCAGGUUGGCCCGGCUAGCUGCUGCUGUUUCAACAGGAUCCAGCAUACAUUCGCCUCCCGCCUCCAAACCAGAGCCGCCUCUGGUCUACAAGCCCCCGCCACUCACAACCCCGGCAGUGGAGGAGGAGGAGACAGAGCGGGUUCUACGUGACAAGCCGGUGCCGAUUCCUCUGGACCCGCUCAUGGGUAUGGCUCUGAGGGACCCGCGCUCGCAGCUGCAGCAGUUCAGCCACAUCAAGAAGGAUAUCCUGCUCCACAUGCCGGCCUUCUCCAAAACCAUCACCUGGUCCCCCGAGGAUCUCCUCCCUCUACCAAUCCCCAAGCAGGACCUCCUUCCUCUCCCCCCAGGCAUCCCUCCUGUCUCCUCCAUAGACACACGUAUGUCCCGCACGCAGCAGCCGCUCCAAACGUCGCUCCCUCACCCGCAGCCACCUCCUGUUCAGCCCCCUCCCUCCUCCUUGGACCGCCCUGCUCCCCCUUCUUCUUCUUCCUCCUCCUCCUCACUCCCAGACUUUGAACUGCUGUCUCGUAUCCUGAAGACUGUCAACUCCAGCCCGUCCCAGACCCCCUCCCCUCCUCUCCUACCCACCCCUAUUGCCCCCAUGUCACUGCUGGGUCCGCCUCCCCUGCCUCCCCCGCCUGCAGAAAAGCCUGCCGACCCCCGCGCGUCCCGUAAAGGCCCCAUCGACCCCCGUCUCCAGCCGCAGAAGUCGGCACUGAAGCAACCGUCCGACCCCGUGCCUCCUCCCGUCUCCUCCUCUAUCCCGGCAGCCACAUCUAGCUCAUCCCCACCCACCAUCGCCCCCUACGACCCAAGGUUGCUCGCCUCAGGCGGGGCAGGCCGCGGUGUUGGAGCCGGGGCACCAGGGGGAGCCAGCGUGCUGAGCGGCAUCAGUCUGUAUGACCCACGGACUAACAAACCAGGCAGCCCUGGUGUCAGCAGCGGCUCCAACAACUCCCCCAACUCAACCAGCACGGAGUCCAAACCCAGUGACCCCGCCGGCCAAACUCAAGUCCAAGGAGCCCUAUUUGUCCGGAAGUCAGCGUUGGACCAACCGGAGCCGGAAAAAAGCAGCGAGCAAGGAACCGACCGUUACAACAGCUACAACAGGCCCCGGCCGAAGCCCGCACCCUCGCCCAACACCACGGCCCAGGGGGCCGCCGCAGCCGCCGGAGGUCAGGGGGCUCCCGGAGCCGCAGGGGAACAGGGACCCGCGGGCGUCCACAACCUUCCGGUGUCCUCUCUGUUUAGCGUGGUGAAGCAGGCGGCCAAGCCUGGCGGGACGGGUAGCCCCUUCGGAGGUAACAGCCCGGUGCAGCCUGACCAGGCGACCACGGAGCAGGACAACGCCUCUCUGAAAGACGUUUUCAAAGGCUUUGACCCCACAGCCUCGCCCUUCUGCCAGUGACCCCCCCCCCCCCCCCCCUGACCCUUGAACCCUGAUGCCCGUCAUGCAGGCGGCUUUUGGCUUGUUUUAACAUUUUUGGACACUGAACAGAUCAGUGAUCAGCGCACUGAGGCAACUGCCCGUAAGACUGUAAGAAGGUUAAGAAGACAAACUUUUGUGAACAAACUGAUACCACAAACGCACACACACACACACACACACACACACACACACACACACACACACACACACACACACUUUAGCAAAGUGUUGCAGAUUCUAUAAAAGACUCUUGGGUUAUGGGAAGGGUUUAAAGUUAAAUCUCUAUUUUAAACAAACUUAUUGAUGUAUAAAUAAAUGUAUUCUCCUCUUCGCAACGCUUAAAUGAAAACAGUUAUUCAGACGGCAGCAAAAAAUGCAUUUAUACGGAAACGUUAUAGAUUUACUUCUUUUUUUUUUUCAUUAAUCCUCUUCAUUUCAGUUCCUACAUUUUCUCCUCACCCUUAAACCUGUUGAUGCGCUUGUCCAUAUUCUUUCGUCGGUCAAAGUUGACGUGCUCUCUGCAACAAAAAAAGAUUGGAUAUAUAUCAUUUUUUUCCCCCAUACAAAUAUUGCUGAUUUAUGAUGUUUUUGUGGUAAAAUGAACAGCACUGAAGCAGAUCAGUAAGAUUGGUCAAACAUUAGCACACAUUAUUUCAUUAUGACUCACAUUUGCUACAGAAAGAAUUGCAAAUACGUAAACUUAAAAUCUCUAUUUUGCAUUUUUUCUUUUAGUAUUUAUUUUUCUACUUCUUUGUCGGUUUGUGUCCUCUUGAAGGCUGUAUUCAUGUUUUUAAUGUCUGUAGCUCCUCCAGCUGUUCAUAUACUGGUUCCUUUCAGGUAUUCAGCUCUUACCUGAAACAGAUAAAUGCUGGUUCAGAAAGUGACUCGUGACAUCUCAAUUCUGCCUCUUUAACCACUACGCCCCUUCAGCAGUCCUGUUGUUUCCUUAUGAAUUUUUUGUUUUUAUCUUUCUUUACAAAUAGAGUUCGUAAAUUAAUAAAUGAAGGUAAAGAUGGAAAAGUUCCCCGCGUCCCAUUUUAGCUAGAUUAUAUUUUGUCGUUAUGGAAGACGGAACCUGCCAGAAAAUAAAUACAAAUAAUAAUAAAAUUAAAGAAAUAAAUUGAAAUGUUAGUAAAUCAUAGAAUUGAUGGAUAGGUAACAACUUUUUUGUCACAUUUGAUCAAUUCAUGCCUACAUUUAUUUUAAUAUUAUUUUCCGUAUAUAUUUAAUGGCAUAUUCAUUUAUUUAUCACGCAUGUUUUUAGUAGGGAACAUUAAGCAAGUUUUUGUCAUUUCAUAGCUUCAAUCUGUAAUCGGGCGGUUCACAUUUUAUAAUUAUAAUUUUUUCCACAGUUGUAAGAAUAAGAAGUCAGCCAUCUAGCCUUUAUCUUUUAGUUACUUUGCUUUCAUUAACCCUUCUAUUGAGAAUGGAAUUUAAAGACAGGGUCUGCAGAUUUCUGAGAGUGAAUGAUGCAACGGAACAAUUUGCAGCCUCAUCACCAUCAAUUUGGAAGCGUUUGGCUUCAGUGGCUGCCGACAGUUUGACAAUCAGAAACGAGACUCUGGACCUAAAAGUAAAUUAAUGCAUGAAUCUUGCAUUGAUCUUUUGCAGUCGCUCUCUCUCUGCUGUCAGUCUGAGCUUUGAAUAAAGAGAACCAUGUUAUUGAUCUUAGCACGACCUGUGUUAAAAAUUCAACAUGGUUUUCUCUCUCGGGGCUUGCAGCUAAAGAAGCAAGCGCACACUUCAUGGGGGAAUGUUCAUUUGGGAUGGAUUCAAAGUUCGGAUGAGGGUUCAAAUAUUUUUUCUUUGUAUCUCCCUUCACAUAGUUUCUACCCCUUAGCACAAACAUUUGAUUUCAUUUGCCAGGGCUUGUUUCAAAAUCUUUAUCAACGCGUCAAGGAGCUUCUAGAAGUUCCAGGAGGUGCCGGGGAUCGACCUUCUUGUGUAUAAAUGUUAAUCAUUUUAAUUUAUUUUUUAUACUUGGGUAUAUAUAUAUUCUCCCUCACUUGACAGUUUUUGAACUGAAUCAUUUUAUGUCAGGAACAUUUGAUCGCCGCUCACCUCAGCGUGGCGUAGGUCAGCCCGUAACAGUGUGAACAGAGGAGACAGACCUGUUGCUUUUUUUGUGUGUAAAGAAACAAACUUAACAAAAUAUUUACUGUCGCUGCCUCCUGGCAGGCCAUGGAAAGUGUCAGCUAUCUCAAGCGUGAAAGUUCUUGUUGAUUUGAUCUUUCCUUAAUGGCUUCGAUUUUUGUAAGUUUAUUUUCAGUUUUUUUCUUUCCCGCUAUGUAAAUUUGACCAGUACCCUGUCUUUGGAGGAGUUUUCUAACUGUACACUGUAGGUGAGGUUGUUAAAGUAUUUAAAUAAAGUUGAUACAGGAUCAACCAGUAAAACUUUUAUUUCUGUAUUUUUUUCUGAGUUUAUACAUUUUGACCACUUUUUAUUUAUGAUA